CCUAGAUUGCUGAAGUGGUCUGCACCGAAGAAAACUAAUGUUGCAACACUAGCAGAUGUCAUAUUUCUGAAUGAAGAGUUUGAAUAUCAGAAAAUGGUACCAACUGAAGACGAGCUUAAGAAUCCAUUGAUAAAUGCUUCUUAUGCAAACAAGGUCAAUAAGCCUGUCAGAACAGGUCGUCUUACUUUGAAAUGUGGGCUAGCAAAACAGAAAAGAAAUGUUUCUGUGGAAGGGAGUAAAGAAGAAAAUGGGCAUGUUCAUGAAAAGGAGUUUGAAGCAGCACAGAUUGAUUGCCCUAAUGAAGAAGAUACUGAAUUGAAGGAACAAAUUGCCAAGGGUCCAACUGCAAUUGGAUUAAAGAGGUUAAAUAGUUUGAUUAAAAGAAAAAAAAAUGUUGGCAACCAAAGCAGAGAUGCAACAAUCAUGCGUAACAUAAUGGCUGCAGUGGUGCUCCAAUCAAAGAAGAUGCAAAAGUUUGAGAGAAGAAUGAAAACAAUAGAAGAUGGAAUACAAGAAGUUCUGAAAGGGCAAAAGCAGCAGGCAAAGAUGCUGAAAGCUUUAAUGCUUAAAAGCACUGAAAAUGCAGAAGGUGAAAAAAGCGAAGAAGAAAUCCAUGUGCAGAUUCAUGAAGCAUCGGAAGGAGGAAUAGAUAAAUCAAUUUUGGUCUCAGAUAUGCCAAGUUUUGACCUACAUCUGGAUCUAACACAGAAAGAGAAGGAAAGAACAAUAGAAAAUAAUGAAGCUGCUCUAGGCGGUGAGGAUGAUGCGGAAGGUCUAGGAAGUGAGGAGGCAGAAGGUCUAGGAAGUGAGGAGGCAGAAGGUCUAGGAAGUGAGGAGGCAGAAGGUGGUAUAGGCAGUGAGAUGGCUGAAGGUCUAGACAUUGAGGAUAAGAAAGAACUUCGAAGUGAGGAUGCAAAUCCCAUAUGUGCCCAAAAAGAGAAUUCAGCAAUCUAUGAAGAUGACAUGAUACUCACUCCUGCUCAAGCAAGCAUAAACACACAAGAGUUGGAAAUGCAUGUUGACAGUGCCAUUCAUAAUGUCAUUAAGGACUUGAAGCAAACAAAGGAACAUGAAGCAAUGACUGUUGAUGCUGGUGAUUCAAAAGAAACAACAACUCCUGAACAAGAUGGAGAACAGAACAUUGAAGCAGACAGUGAAUCACAUAAAUGUGAUGAAAGAAAUAAAGAGAAAGGACAACAAGAGAACAUGGAUGCUCACAAUUCUAAAGAUAAGGCUGGACAUAAAGUUCAAAUUGCAGAAGAAGAUAAGGGCAUUAAAAGGUCAAAAAGGGCUGCUAGGAGUCCUGAUAGAUACACUCCUAACCCCACAACAGAAAUGAAGAAAAGGAAAAUGGAAAAGGCAUUAAAAAAAAUAAAUGAAACACAAGUUUCUGAGAAGAGUACAGUUGAAGGACCAUUCAGUGAGGAUCCAAAGCAAAUGCCACCGACAGAGGACUUGGAUAAGGUAAAAGAAUUUGUGAUGGAGGGCCUGGUAAAAAACCAUUCAAGUAAUGUCCCCAAAAAGUACAAAAGAAAACAUGAAGAACUAGUUGAAUGCAAGUUUGGUAUACAAUUAGAUCAUUUCACCAUACCAACAAAGACAUGGAUUUAUGACCUCUUCACAAAUGAACGUUGGUUGUCUGACAUCCAUAUUGCAGUGGCAUUUUAUUACCUGGCGGUGAAAAGAAAACAAUACCAAAUCAAGCAAAAAUAUGCCACAACAGACCCAUUAUUUAUUGGGGUGAUGAAGUUGAAGUGUGAAAUGGUCACUAAUGACAAAAUAACAAUGACUGAGGCAGCUUCUAAUAGAAACAUAAUGAACACAAUGCUUGGAUCAAAUGGGCUGCCAUGGGAAGAAGCUGACUUUGUAUACAUGCCACUAAACAUAGGGAUGCACUGGAUACUCUUGGUGUUGGACAUUAAUGGAAAACGUAUCAGAGUCUAUGACUCCCUAAAGAGAAGAGGAGAUUCCUUGGCAACGAUGAGGGCAUUCCUUCCUUGCUUGGAGACCUUCUUACCAAGAGUAAUGGAGAGGUUGGGAGUUUAUGAUAAAAGACCGAAUGCAUAAAUCGGAAAGGGAAAAAUUCGUUUAGAUAUAGUCCGUAAUUGUCCACAACAAGAUGAUGGGGGCAAUUGUGGUGUCUUUAUUAUCAAAUUUGCUGAGUUUCUCAUGAUGGACAAAGAUGUGAGUGAAGUUUCAAAGCAAGACAUAGAGAUGUACCGACAAAAGAUGACGACAGAGCUACUGAUGUAUGCAUCACGAAGGCAGUAGUUGGACUAGAUGCUUUGUAAUAAGUAUUUUGUUGGGAACAUAAAUAUUUCUGAAAUUUCUUUGUUUUGGUCAUUAAGUAUUGUUACUAAGUAUUCA